GGGGCCUCGGGGCCGCCGGGAGCCGCCGUGCGGACCUCCCGCAGGGAUGGAGGGGCGCGGGGAGGAGGCGCCGGAGCCGGAGGUGUCGGAGCCAUCGGAGGAGGAGGAGGACGAGGAGGAGGAGGAGGAGGAAGGCUCCGGGGUGCGGGUGACGCCGGCGCUGCUGAAGGCCACGACGGGCGAGUUCUCGCUGGAGUCCAUCCUGCUGCUGCGGCUGCGGGGCCGCGGCAUCGCCCACCUGGGCUGCCUGGCCGACUGCUCCAACCUCGAGUGGCUGGACCUGUCCGGCAACGCCAUCGCGGGGCUGGCGCCGCUGGCCACGCUGCGCGCCCUGGCCGUGCUCAACCUGGCCGGCAACCGCGUGGCCAGCGUGGAGCCGCUGCGGGGCUGCCGCAGCCUGCGCCAGCUCAACCUGGCCGGCAACCGCCUGCGCAGCCUGCGCCAGCUGCGCUGCCUGCAGGGCCUGCGGCACCUGGAGAGCCUGCGCCUGCGGGACCCGCUGGGCAACCUGGGCAACCCGCUGUGCGCCGCCCCGGCCUACCGCGCCGCGCUGGCCGCCAUGCUGCCCGGCCUCAAGGCCAUCGACGGCCAGCGCGUGGCCGGCCGCGGCAGCGAGCUGUUCCGCCUGUGCGGAGAGCUGGACGCGGCGCUGGACAGCGAGGCCGCGCCCGCGGUACCCGCGGAGCCGCCGCAGCCCUGGGUGCAGGCCGGGUUUUGGGAGCCGCGGCCCGCGCGCCGCAGCGCCGUGCUGGAGGAGGCCACGCGGCAGCUGGGCCAGGCCCUGCGCGAGUGCCGCGAGCUCGGCCGCCGCGCCGACGACUCCAUCGCCCAGGCCCAGCGCGCCCUCGGCCGCCGCCACCACGGCAACUUCGGCUUCUGAGCGCGGCGGCUGGGGCUGGGGGUGCCCGGAGCUGCCAGAGCCCCCUGGAGCUGUGGGAACCCAAAGAUGGGACGGGAGGAACCCCAAAGCUGACACAGCUCAAAGCCAUCGUCAUCUGAGCCACGGGACCCCAAAAACGGGGCCAGCAGAGCCCCGAGCCAUAACAGGCUGGGCUGUGGGAUCCAAAGCCAAGGCUGGGACACCCCCAGAGCCAUCACGAGUCCAGCUCCUCCAUCCUCUGAACUGCGAGACCCCAAAAACAGGUGUAGGAGACCCUCAGUGCCACCCAUGCCCACCUUCAUUUUCCUAGCCAAAGAUCCCAAAAAUGGAUCCAGGAAAAGCCCCAGAGCCCACGCUGUCACUGUCAGACCCCCCGAGCCACCACAAGCCUGGCUCCUUCAUCUGCUGAGCUGUGGGACCCCCACACUGGAGCCAGGGUACCCCCAGAGCCACCACAGCCCACAGCAGGACUAUGGGACCUCCCCAGUGCCACCACAGGAUCCCCAGGGAGCACCAGAGGAGCUCAGCCCCGGCUGUGGGACAUCUCGGGGACAGGGGACAUGGUGGCACUGUGCAUUAAACGUGUCCCACCCUC